AUCAAACAGACAAACAAGAACUCGAAAAUCUCAAAAUGGCAGGAAUUAAAGGAAUUAUGAUAUUAGUGAAAUUCCUUAUGAUAAUGAAGCUCAAUGCAGCAUAUCCUCUGCUAAGUUUUAAUUCAGUUGAAAACACCGUUAAUAGAUUAUCAAAACUUGAAUUAAAUCAUAUAGGAAAACCUUCAGAUAUACUUGAGAAUGAAAUCAACUUAAAAUUUGAUACAAAUGAAUUAGGUUCCGGAGAAUUCGUUGACUUAACAGUACCAAACGAACAAAACAAAAUUAUUAAACAAAAACAUACACCAGAAUCAACAAGUGAUCAAGUAUUACCUUUAUUUUCCAAAAUUUUCAUACGCGAUUCAGCUGAAGUUUUUCAAAACAGAUUAAAAAAUUCAAAAACCACAGAGUACUCUCUUAUUUUGGAGAAAAUCAAAAAUAUUGGAAAAGAGGAUGUUACGUUAGUGGGCCAAGCUUUAUACAACGCUUUUGAACUAACGAAUGAUGUAAAUACGGAUUACGAGAUUUCGCAAAGUACGGCAGCCUGGCUGGAACUUAUUUUGGAACGUUUUAGACAGUUCAUGAAGGAAAUGGAGUCGGGCACCAGUCCAAACGACGCUUAUGAGAACUUUAGCAUAGUGGGCGAUAUCGAAAACAAUUUAGAGGCUAUUAAACUCUUUUGGCUUAAUUUUUGAAUAGAAAGCA